CAGUGAAAAGGCCAUGAUUAGUGACUCGGAAAUCAUGUCGUUGACAGGUUCUCCAAACAGAGAUAAUUCAUCUCCAUGGCAGAGAUGUUCACCAUGCUUCCUCCUUUACAGAUUUCUGAUUGGACUCCUUCAUCUGAUAUCUCAAUUCCUUCUUUGGCUUUUACAUCUGGGGUGUUUGCUGAUUGGAUGUAUCAAAUCUAUAUGUGGAAAACCGUGUGCUUGUUCCUUCUCACAAGUUAAAGUCCAUGUUGUGGUCAGUGGCCCCACCCUGGACUCCCACCAGGAGUUCAUGAGAAAGCUGGGCAUACCCCUGGAGGUCUGCAGGCUGGAGGAGUGCAAUGUGAUCCUAGUUUUCUGUCCUGUUGUCACUCGGAUGGGGACGGAUAUGGAAGCAGCUCUGAAGAACAUUCCAGGUGACAAACCUGCCAUUUUGGUGCUCAUGCACCACAGUUAUACCUCUGAACACAUUGCUGACAUUCCGAUUACACCAAGCAAGAACAACGUAAUGAAAGUGGUUCAAUGUGUUUUCUAUCAGCUGCUUGAUUCAGCUAAACUGCUGGACUGUGAGUUAAACUACCGAGCGCUUAGAGAAGUAGCAGCUGAGCUGAACCUGUCCAGGCAGAACCACGAGAUGCGAUUGUUCUGA